UCUUCCUCUGAGAAAUGUUUAUUCAGUUAAUCUUAAUUCCCAAGUAGACUGGGCGAAGAGACUGCUGGGAAGGUGAUUGGAUCAUGGGGAUGCUAUAUUCACCACUGAUGUUCACAGGUCUUCAAAAUCUGUUGUACAAGGAGUAAUCAAAAGCUGUAGUGGUCCGCAGCCGGAUCCCACCGCCGCCGCCGCACUAGUCUGAGCCUCAGCCGCGGAGCCCGUGGAGCCCACCGCCCCCAGGUCGGCCCUCGUUGGCGACGGCUCUGCCGGCGCCCCCGCGGAGAUCAUAAAUCAGGCAGAUAAAAAUCCCCAUCCUACCUUAGUGAUGAACCACCAGAAGGUGCCAUGAAGGACCAUCCGCAGCAGCAGCCAGGCAUGUUGUCCCGAGUGACUGGGGCUAUCUCCAGUGUCACUAAGGGAGCUGUUGGCGACACCAUUGGUGGUGUGGCUUGGAUUGGUGGAAAGAGUUUGGAGGUGACCAAAACAGCUGUUACAACUGUGCCUUCCAUGGGAAUAGGGCUGGUGAGAGGGGGCGUGUCCGCUGUGGCUGGAGGUGUCACAGCGGUGGGGUCUGCCGUUGUCAACAAAGUGCCCUUAACAGGAAAGAAGAAAGACAAGUCUGACUAACAUACGGAGAUACACUUGUUCUCCACCGCAUUAUGAUGCCAGUGGCAUUGAAUUGCUACGUCAUGGACUACAACCAAGUCACCUGUUUUGGACGCUCAUCUUCUAAACUGCUGUGUUGAAAGUAUUGAUGCCUGGCUUUCAGCUAAAGAGACCAAUGCUAGCACAGUGUAUGAAGGUUUCUCAUAGUUCAGUUCGAGCUUUUUAUCUGGUAAAAUGUUAUACUCUCUCAGUUGUAACUGAAGAUAUGGUAUGUCUGAAUAUUUCUCAUAAGUCUUUGAGUUUGACUAAAAUGUGAAAGUUGAAUUUUGUAGAUGAUCUUUACAGUUCCAUAUGUACAGUGUGCCAGGUAACUGGGCCCCUUGCCAAGGGAACCUUGGACUCCAUAAACUGUACCUUUGACGUGCCUAAUAGUUUCAGAUGUCUUAGUUUUUUAAAACGAUAGUUGUUCAAGCCAAGAGGCAUUCUUUUCCUGUUUAAGCUGGCAAAAUAGCAGGAAUUGGAGAAGUGUAAAAGUUAAAUGGUUUGAUACAAGUUAUCUUGGAUCUUUUGUUAGAUAUGCAUCCUGCUCAUUUAAUCAUUGAUGCCUUACGAGAGAAAACAUCUUUUCUAAUACCUUCAUAUGUGCAGUUCUUAGAAUUAUCUUUGGAUUCUCUUGAAGGUUGUGAAAUAGGCUUUCCCUCUUAAGAAUCUCAGGAGUGGGGUCUGUGGCUGAGACAGCGCCUAUGAACAGUUAGUCAGAUCGUGCACUCGGACCUGCCUGCAUGCUCACCAUUAAUACACCUCACAGUGCCUAAGGAAUGUCUGUCUCCUAGCUGUGUUAGAAGGUUUCCUAUUGAGGAGGAACAGAUGUUAAAGUUUCUAAGAAGUACUUAGUGCACGCAGGAUAUAAAGAGUCCUUCACACCUAUUCUUUUGGUAAAAUGUCUUAAAGUAGCAGUACGCCCUUUAAAAAAUAAAAGGGACCACAAACAUUUGAGGACUGACUUUCGAAUGAAAUGGACUCCAUAGAUCAGUUUUGAAUGAAAAUAGGUGUGCUUUUAAUGAUUUCUGUAGGCUUCUAAAAUACGUUGUCUUCUAGAGAGUCUUGUGAAGCAGCUGUACACUGUGCUGUUUUCCAGCCACUUUCCAGCAGGGAACUGGAGUUUUGAUGACGGAUGGGAAGCAUGUGGUGUCUCAGCACGCUGCCAUCAUGGCUUGUCCAUUUCCAGGAUGAUAACUUGGCCGGAAUAGUUUCUGUGCUCAGCUUCACGAGCAUGCUAACUAGUGGCAUAUGUAUUUGGCAUUCCUCUUUCACCUGAGGGUCAUAACCCAGGCUGAAGAGUCUCAGGUCUGGAGUUGUGCACAUUCUCUCCCCUCUAAGGAGGAGGCAGGCGGCCUCAGCCUGCUGUAGUUAAGUCAGGACCGUGUCUGCGGGAAUUCGGACAGAACACUCCAACACCUGAGGGGGAAAUGCUCGUUUGUAAGCCAUUAGAGUACUGCAUUAGUAAUAUGGAUUAACAGAUGGAUAAGAUGAUAACCUUUAAAAGCUUUCAUAAAGACCAACAGGGAUUUUGAGCAAAUCUACAAAAGUUCUGGAACUCUUCUGCUUAUACAAACUAAAAAAUUCAUUAAGGAGUUCAAUCAAAUGGGUCAUUUAGUUCAUGCAAUAUAUUGUUGGUUUAUUCUGGUCAAAUGUUUUAAUUAUCAAACGGGAUCUUUUUUAAAAACUCCAAAAGUAAUAGUUGAAUGCUAAAUUAUCUAAAUAAUGGUAUUGGAGAACUUGAUUCCUAUUUUGAAGAAAUUACUGCUUCCUUGCUAGUUUGUAUUUCUAACUUAUCUUCUAUAGUCAUAGGCUCUGCUGUGCUUUGUACCCGAAUUUCUUCUAAGUAUAGACUUUGGUUUACUGUAUGCUUGCCUAUUUAUAUUUCCAACUUUGCUUGUUCUUAAAAUUGCUAGAGGAAAAAUGGUUAUAAUUUCUCCUACAGACAAGCCACCUGGUACAUUUUAUCUCAUCAAGAUUGUCUGCAGCUUGAAGCUACAACUUAGUUGAGAGGGGCAGUCGGUGCAGAGGUUCUCACCAUGUGGGUGUGGCCUCAGGUGCACAUCUGGCUUCCUCUCCUAUGCCUUCCUUCCCAGGUAUGCGUGGGCCAGCAGCUGGGCUGUGAGACAGGACCCCCUCACUUCCAGAGACUGAGCCUGGAGUCGCCUGGAGGCAUCUGUUGUUCGCUUACCUUCUGAGUGGGUGUUUGUGACCCAGGACCCAUCUAAUAAUGUUGACAUUACAAAUCCUGUACUAGUGAAAUGUCAGAUGAAAUGACUGAAUACUUUCUCUGUAUUAAAGGGAUGGGCAAAGAACACAUGAAUUGUUAAUAAAGCACUAUGGUCUGUAAAAAAAAAUAAGCUGUUGUAAAUGUUUAAAUUAAAAAAACUCAUUAAAAGACACUUUGCCAAGAAUAAGGAGAUAAGUAUGUUUUAAGCAAGAGGGAAUAUUAUGAGUAUUAUGAGGGAGGUUAAUGGCAAUGUGUCUUUUAAUGUAAUAAAUUUAAAAAUUUAAGUAUCACAUUUUUUAAUCACACCUCAUUAAUCAACUGUUUACAUCAAUUUCUGUCAAAAACAUUAUGAUGUGUCCUCAUCUACCUUACUCAAUGAA